CCAUCACGUAGAAAAAUGGCCCACUCUCAUGCCCUUUCGGCACGUGUGCCACGUGCAAAGUUGCGUGGGUGGGGAGGGCACGUCUUCCUUUCUUUCACAGACAUCUAUCGCAUCUCCCCCUCUUUUCCAUUUUUUGAUGAAAAAAACGACUUUACCGAAACCGCAAUCCAAGUCCACAGAUACGUUAUCUCUAUCGGCAUUUGGGCAUCCAAACGCGACCCAAAUCACGAACUCAUGGCCUGUCGAACCUUCUUCCGCUCCUCCUCCCUCUUCAUACCCGAGCCAUGGCUGCGCCCGUUUCCUCCCAAUCUCCCCACCUCCGUUUCUCCUCCCUCCUCUCUCAGAUUCCGCUCCCGUCUUCCGCCACCCAGGCUCAAAGCCAGGGUUAGGGUUUUCCACAGAGCUCAUUUCAAGUGCUGCUUCUCCCAUGGAGGUGAAAACCCUUCUUCAUCCUCCUCGCCCCAGGACGAUCAAGGCCCACCUCAGGAGGCUGUCCUCAAAGCCAUAUCCGAGGUGUCAAAGACUGAAGGAAGGGUUGCUCAAACCAGAAAUGUUGUUAUUGGCGGCACAGUAACAGACGAUUCAACCAACGAAUGGCUCGCCCUUGAUCAGAAGGUGAACUCAUAUCCGACAGUUAGAGGGUUUACUGCAAUAGGAACAGGAGGUGAUGAUUUCGUGCAAGCUAUGGUCGUCGCUGUUGAAUCAGUGCUUCAACAGCCAAUACCAGAGGGUCAUGUAACCCAGAAGUUAUCUUCGAGGGGCAAAUACGUGUCUGUGAACAUUGGACCUGUUCGGGUUGUCUCAAGCGAACAGGUGCAAGCUGUAUACAAUGCGAUGAGGAGAGAUGACAGGAUGAAAUAUUUUUUGUAGAGUUCCAUCUGUAUAUCUAUUGUGCAGUUUCUUUUUUCUAGUUGUAGCUUUGGUUAACUCAUGGUAUCACACAGGCUGAAAGCCUAGGUAGAUGGUCCUUUGGAUCAUAUGGUCCAUGCUUACUUUCAUAGCUUGAUGAUCA